AUGUUGGAUCAAUGUUUGGAAAAUGAUGAAAUGGAAUUGUUAAAAUUAAUUUGUCAAUAUUUUUUCGCCACUUGCCAUCAACCUUUUACUUAUUCUGUUCAUACUUUUGAGUUUGAAGCCGGUCCAGAACGUUUUAUGUGUGAAUGUCAAGUACUGGCAACACCCGGUUUUACCACUUAUUUGCCUUGGAUGCGCCCACCGAAUGUUAGUGAUCAAUUGCCGGAGGAAUUUCGAAAGAGAAAUCCGAGCAGAGAAUAUUUUGUGACUGAAAUCAAAAAGGUUGAUUUGCCUAAAGAUGCUCCCGAACAUAUUUUAGAAUCGGAAUUUAUUGAACUACUUGAAAAACGUGCUGUUGGAAAUUCGUUAAUUUUGGAUACUUUAAAUGCUUUGGUUGAAUUAAAAUUUGUUAAUAUUGUUGGUCCAGGCAGACGUAUUAUGCCGAGUGCUACUGGUCUUGAAUUAAUGGAACAAGAAUAUCGAAAGAAAAUUGAUCAACUUGGCGAGAAUGUUACUCAAGUUGAAUCUAACAUUGGAGAUGCUCAAGCUAAUUCUGCUUCACAUUCAUCUUUAGACUCAACAAACACAAUAUCUUCAGUUUCUAACAAUAAUAUUGAAAGUAAUCCAAAUUUAAAUACUAAAAUAUCAGCAGCAAUGAUUCCACCAAUUCAACGCAAUUUUGGUUUUAGACAACGCCAUUUAGGGUCUACACAUUCUGAAUUUUCUGAUUGUAGUACAAGAAUGUCUUUAAGAGAUUUUCCAAUUCAAAAACAACAAUUUCCUUGUAGGAAGCAAUUUCAAUCUGAAUUGACUUUGGAACAACAAAAUGAACAACAAUCAACACCACAAUUAUUACAACAAUUACAUAUUGGAAUGGCUGAAGUACCUGAAGAGAAUUUUAAUGAUAAGGAUAGAGACUGUUACCGUCAACAACGAGCUAAUAAAAAUUCUUCAACGUCAGAGUCCAAUUCUCAUUUUCAUAAUCGAACAAAUAAUGAGCCUUUUAUUGUACGAGAUCAGAACAGCAACAGUUUUGACGGAGAUAUUAAACAAGAAGAUAUUUGUAGUGUUGAAAAUUCCUCACCAUCAAAAUCGGAAACAUUACAACAACAUCGAUGGAGUUGGAUGGCUACAAUUUCUUCUCUACCGGCGAAAAGACGGAGUUUCCCACCCAAAAAUCAAGAAAAGAAUCGUGAAUGGCAUUAUUCGGCUGGUCGGUCUAAUAAAAGUUCUGUUACUGAUGACGAUUUUGGACAAUAUACAUCAAAACGAGUUCGAUUUGAAUCGCCUAAAUUUAAGCGUUCUGCUUCUAUGGCACCAUCAGAACGUUACAAAGAGAAUAACAAUUUGCUUAAUUCUAGUAGAAUGAAAUCAACAACAAAUUUUGGCAAUAGCAACUCUUUUAAUAAUUUUAGAGAAGUUCAACAGAGGACAUGCACUCCACGUCGUCGUUCCCCAUCACCAGAACGUCGUCGAUCACAAUACCGCAACAACAACUUUUCUAAUAGAGAUCACAACAAGUUUUCUUCUCGUUAUCAUGAUCGACAACAAAAUAAUUUUUGUUCAUCUUCUUAUCAAAAACCUCAAAUUGGAACUAAAAGACCGCCUUCUGAUGAUUCAGAUUCUCCAGUAAAAUCGUUUAAACAACAAUUACUAAAUCAACAAAGACAACAAAAGAGCAAUGAUUAUUAUCAACCACAACAACGUCAAAGUCGUUAUGAUAGCCAUAUUAGAGACCGAGAUUAUGAUCGAGGACGACGUGGGUUCCAAAAUCAACAACAAUCAGAGCGUUUUUCGAAUUCACGGAAUUGCCAACAACCGCCACAAUCGUCACAUACUAAUUCUUACAAUGAUUACCUUCCUCGUGGCCGUCCUUGGCAACCAAAUUAUCAACAACAAAAUAAUAUUAGUAGACAACAAUCUUUCUAUCAAAAUCAACAAAAAUUUAAUGGAAAACAACAACAAACUUCAAAAUCACGUCCAUUAGCAGACAUUAAUACAGUCCCUACAAAACGAGGUAAAUGGGUAUGGGUAGAUGAUAAUGAAGGGAAUUAGACAAGGAAAAGAGGAGGAAAAAAUAAUUAAUUUUUGUUUAGAAUCUAAAUAAUUUAAAAUUAAGAUACUUAAAAAAUAUUUUUGUUAAUUUAAAUAAGUUGCCAUUUUUCUUAUUCCAGCGGUUUUUUUUGAAAAUUUUUUUAUACCUAUUUUUUAUAUUUAUGCAUUUCCCAUAUGCCAUUUUUUAGAUGAGCAUUUAUAAUUUAUUUUUUUAUAAGAUAUUUUGGUUCUUGUUCAAGUUUUGUGUGUCCCCCAUAAAUUUGUAUAUUGGAUUCUCGUUUUGAUUUUCAAAUUUGUGGUACUUAAGAUAUCUGUUCGAGGCCAAUGACUUUAA